UAAACAUAACCUUAUAAAGCUGACAUAAGGGGUGCGUUCCACUAAGCGCUCACAACGAUCACGCUCACGACCACAGUUUUUCCCGUUCCACUUACCUACGAGCGUUACUGUCGUAAAUUCAAGUGGAAUGGACUAUGGUGCGUUUUGAGCGUGGAGGUAAUAAUACAAAUGGCGAGGUAGUGAAAAGAAAGUAAAAGAUUAAAGAGGUUAAGAUUUAAUCUGUAAUCCUUCAUGUCAGUUUCAUGGUCGCCAUUUUUAUUGUUGUCAGUUUCGAAAAAACCGCUAAUUUUCUCAACGCUCACUACGACCCACGUUUUCAGAUGGGUCGUUGUGGGCCUCGCGUGAGCGUUAGUAAUGACGUCAUGAGUGACGUUUUCGCCGCGACCACAACGACCGCGGUCGUUAUGUGGAACGACUAAAGGAGCAUUUUGAUCGUUGUGAGCGCUUAGUGGAACGUACCGAAGACCAUUAUACGAACUUUGGCGCCAAAAAAGAACACCUAUUUUUCAUCGAUUAUUCGUAUGAGAUGUUACGUUGAAGCCUUCAUUAAUAUUAAUAAAUUUAAAACAAUUGUGAAUUCUAAGUAUAUUUAAUCAUAGUUAAGUGAAAAUGAAAUUAAAUUGUCGGGUUGAAGUUAAUGAUCGUACCCUCAAUGUGUUACAUUCAUCGUUAAAAAGAAAACCAGAACGUGGAUGUUUGGUUAUUGGAAGACAGUCAAUAAAAAACAAUGAAUUACAUAUUUUAUUACAAACGCAGAAGUACUUAUGUGGGGCUAAAUAUAAGGUGAAUGAUAACAUUGAGAUGAUAUUUGACAAAUUCAUUGCAAAUGGAAAAGCAACAAUUAGAAUAAAAAACCCUCCUCACGAUUUACUCAUACAAAGCGAUCCAAUAUCAUUAAAAGGUUUUAUUCAUCUUGUAAAGCUUAUAUUGUCAAAAAAAGUUAAUUUAUCCACCAUUACGAUAUCUAAUUUAAAUACAAAAAAAAUUCCUAAUGCACAGAAAAAAAAGCUAGUUAUCAAAAACAAUGUUGAAUAUCCUACUUUAAAGGGUUUUCCAAGAUAUACAGAAGAAUUAAUCAUUGAGAGAUUAAAUAGAAAGUCAUUUGAUCUUCAAAUUUUAAGACUUAAUAAUUUAAAAGUUUUAAAUUUAUCAAACAAUCAAAUUAAAUCUUUACCUAAAGAUUUAGGUUCUAUGCCACAUUUACAAGAGCUUAUUUUGUCUGGAAAUCGAUUUGGCAUAGAUGCUAAUACUAAGUGGGAUUGGUUAGACCAAGACAAUAUUAGAAAGAAUUUAUGUUUAUUAGAUUUAACUUCCAACAGCUUAAUUAAAAUACCAGAUAAGAUAGGAAAACUCCAUGGUCUUGUUAAUUUAAAACUUGGUAUAAAUUUGCUAACGGUUUUACCGCAAAGUAUGAGAAAAUUAACUUCGUUAAGAUAUUUGGACUUAUCCAAUAACUGGUUACAGUAUUUACCAGAAGGAAUAAGGAAAUUACAACUCUCUGAAAUAAAUAUAGCUGGAAAUCAAUUUACAGUAGUUAGCAAGUCUCAUUUUAAAAAUAAUCUAUUAGUGCCAUCUCUAGUUGAGUCUGCAGCAAAAAUUAUUUUGAGCACAAGUAUGAGCUAUGAUGCAAGUAUGAUACCUCGUACAUUAGUCAAAUAUUUAGAUUCUGCAACAUAUUGUUUAUGUGGUAAAGCUUGUUUUCAAAGCUAUAUAAGAAAUAUAUUCUAUUUAACAUUAAAUUUAUCUGUAGUAAAGUAUACACUUAAAGAAUUUAUACCAUUUGAAUGUUAUUUUUGUUCUUUACGUUGUUACGACCCUUAUUGUAAAAUAUUAUAAAAUUAUAAAAAUUAUACUUUGAAAUUAUACUUUUUUUGUAUUUGCUUUUCAUGACUGACAUAUUCUGUCAUGUUUUGUAUAAUUUUCUUUACAUAUAAAAAUGUUGUAAUUCUUUUAAUGUAUAAGUAAAAUAAAUUUUCAAUUUCCAUUUUAA